AAACGAGCGAGCAAAGCGGCGUUCCAAGCCAUAGAAGCCAAGCAGACAAAAUACCCUCCAGCACAGCCGUUGCCUCGCGGCGGCUUUGCCUAAUCCAAAAUCACCAUCCCACGUCUCCCAUUGCUUUCCCCAUCCCUACCUUGUCUUUUUGCUUGCCCACACACCCCAAGCUGGCUGCGUGUUCCGUUCCCCUAGACUCCUGGUAGCCUUGACCCUCUCUGGGUCUACCUGCUCGUCCUCUCUCUUCCCCGUUCUCCUUCGUCCAACCCCUGGUUCCCCCCCUCCGUCAGGUUACACUUCUCAAAAGGGGGGGUUGCAGGAUACAUUGUCUGCAGUACUUGACUUGACCACCACCCAAGCCCACCAAACAAGACCAAACCAAACGCCUCAAGUCUCCGUCGUCCCGAUACCGAAUAUCAAUCCCUCAUGAUCACCAUGGAUCAGACCGCUCCCUCAGCCUGACUGCUCGCUCGAUCAAAUCCAUGCGCGCCAUGCCCGAAGCUUAAUCUCACAUCCCAGGCCCCUACCAGUAGACUGUAGUCUUGUCUUGUCCUCCUCCUUCUGCCCAACAACCAUAACAUAACAUCACUUCUACAUCCCAUUUCCUCCUUAACUCCUUCGGCAAUUACUGAUCUUCGCCCGUCCACUGCAACGCCGGUUCCCCAACGUACUCUCCAACGCACUCUCGACUUGCUAGUUACAUUCAACGAACCCGGACUGCACACACACACAUACAUUCUCUGCCCGCACCGCCAAAAGCCCACAGCAUCAACCCGAGGACGACGGCUAUUCAACCUUGGCAAUACAGAAAUCGAGGAGGAUUCACACCGUUGAAGAGACAGAAUCCCGAGAACGCAACGCUUACACGUAUUAAUCAUCAACGACCCGCCACUGGCCUCUAUCGACCCAGAUUUCUUGCGUGUCCUGGCCGUGUCACUCUUGUUCUCUCCCCACAGAACUUUGUCUGUUGGAGCACAUCGAAUGGACUACCCCACCUGAAUCUUGAUUCACAAUGCCCGUCGCAAAGGCGUGCGCGCCGUGCUACUAUCAGAAGUCAAAAUGUACCUUCUCGGAAGGUAACCCGCAAUGCGAUCGCUGCAUGAUGAACGGGCGGGAUUGCGUCUUUGUACGCCCCGUGCCAAGGUCAGCAGUCAAGGGGAGGUCAAAGGUCGCAGUCAGGAGCAAGAUCAUGGGCAACGGUGUGCCAUGUCCGAAUCCGAUCCCUCGAAAGGCCAACGUGAUUGUCCCGACGACAGCGCCACCGACGACGACGACGACGACGACGACGACUGUCGCCCGCGUCAGCUCCCCGCCGUGUUCCGUAUCACGAAAGCCGAGUAUAGCGACGGCCUCGAGCGUCGGCAGUCCUCCCGACGAUGCUUCGUCCGACUCGUCAACCGAAUCGGCAUCGAGUCCUCCUUCCAAGAUCCUUGAGUCACUCAGUCCGUACGGUAGCACGCUGGGCCGGUUAGAUACCGUCGAACGCAAUUCCCUAUCGCGAUUACUGCACAAGUCCAACUUCAUGCAGUACUUCAUCAGCCCAACGUUCGUCGACAGCAUGCAGUUGGACAUGACAGUCCAUCUGUUUUCCAUGUUCGACCAGGGCAAGGACGCCUACAUCGCCAUGUACAGCGCAUUCGCCUCAUCAAUGGGAUUGGAGACGGGCGAAUACGACCCGGAAGCGAAUCUACACCGCGGCGCAAUGGCUGUCGAACACCUUCGAUCCUGUCCACUGCCUACACUCAAGCGCGACGAACUGCUACCGUGGGCAGGCUUGGGAUUGGGAAUCGUGUACUUCUCCAACAUGGCCCUCGGCACCAGUGCGGCGCCUGUACGACGAUACGUGCUUAGCCACAUUCGCCAUCUUCUAGGAACCUCACAAAUAUCCAGCUCACGGACACACUAUAUCCUUGUAUACAUGACGGCUGUCGACAUCAACGAAUGCCUGAUGCAGCGCGAACUUCCAGUGUGUGGAAUCGCACCUCCUGAAGCGGGCCAUGUCGAUGCGUAUGUUGGCGUGUGUAUGCCAUUGCUGCAACACAUGUACGACUUGUGCCGAAUCAGCUACCAUCUCUACCACGAAGUCGACGUCGAAGAACAGACGCAAGCAUUGGACGAAGUGGAGCAAGAAAUCGAAGCAUGGCAGCCUGUCAUCCCGCCAGACUUUACAAACCGCUUUACCACGACCGAGGUCAUCCACAUGCUGGCCCAAAGCCGCAUCUACAAGACGGCAGCAAUGCUGUACAUUCACCGACUAAGGUACAAGUUUGGCGAGAAAGAUGAUAUGGCAUCUGCAAUGGCAAAGAGCAUCAUCUCAGACCUGCAGAUGACGUUCACAGUCUCGCAAGACAAGCAACGCUGUGUCAGCUUUCCGUACACCCUUGCAGCCAUCGAAGCAAAGGACGCGGCCGAGCGGGAGAUUGCCAUGGAUGCCAUCAAGUCGCUCAUCGAUAGCGGCAACAGCAAAUACCGCAGCAGCAUGGAAACAUUCCUCAAAGCCGUGUGGGAUAUUCGGGACAACCAACCAGGAGCAUCUUGGCUCGACUUCAUGCAAACUCUGCCGCCGAUCUCGGUGGGCGUAUAGCGGAGCGGUCCCUUUUUAAGGUUUUUCUUUUCUUUUCUUGACCUGGACUGUCUUCAAGACUUAUGGAUUUAUUCUACUUUUGCUUUGGGGCGAGGCGGUGAGAUAUCAUUCUGUUUAUGUACACGGCUGAUGGGAAAUACUCCUCAUGGUACGAUUGCCGCAAGGCAACUCCACGGAGGAUUUGAGUUUUCUUUGUCUUUUUUUUUUCUCCGUUCGUUGGCUUAACGUGGAGGCACCUCAUCAAGGAGUCGAGGCCUGCACUACAUACACUCUUGUGUUUUUUUCUUCUUCUCUCUAUGGCACGGCGGUGACUGCGGGAUGCAGAGGAGCAUGACGGGACUUUUGCAGCAAUGCUCAAAAAAGGGAACGGGUUUUUAGAAGCCUCGGUAGGAAUCCGAAGGUUACGAAAGGUGUCUGCCCACCAUGGGAGGGGCCCCCCAAAGAGACAUCAUGAUCUACCUAUGGGUUUGUGAUACCAUUCUCUCGUUUCAUUACCAAUACAGACUUCACAAUCUCCAUAUACCCCCCCGCUCAUUCUCCGAUCGCCUGGC